GCGUGUGUCCUCUAAGGAAGGAUCUUUGACGCUAUCGGGAACUCCUCGCCUCCGUUCAGCAAAUCGUAUCUCACACUGUUAGCUCUGUAGUGGCACCACAAAGUGUCGACCGUCACGAUGUCUCGUGUGGCACGCCGCCUUUACGCUGAAGAUGGAGGUUUCUCCGGUCCGAUAUACGACGGGGGAGCCGCGGCCAAAGAACAAAACAGUUGGGUAUUUGAAGUAUGCUGGGAAGCGGCCAACAAAGUCGGAGGCAUCUACACCGUGAUAAAAACCAAGGCUGAGGCCUCAGUGAUGGAGCUCGGUGACCAGUACUGUCUCAUAGGACCCCUGAACCACAACGCAGUGAAAACGGAGGUGGAAAUCCUAGAGCCCAAAGGUCCGUUCGCCAAAGCACUCGAAUCAUUCAAGGAAAACGAUAUCGGAUACGUUUACGGCAGGUGGCUGAUCGACGGCUAUCCGCAACUGUUGCUGAUCGACCUCGGUACGGUGGCUUCUCGUCUGAACGACUGGCGAGCGGAUACUUUCAAAAAGUCCGGUAUCGGUCUCCCCGAAGUCGACUCGGAGUCGAACGAUGCCAUUCUGUUCGGUUACGUUACCUCAUGGUUCCUGGAGGAAUUCGUGAAAGCGGCCAGAGACGCCGGGCCUCCCUACAUUGUCGCGCAUUUCCACGAGUGGAUGACAGGCAUCGGACUAGUGCAGUGCCGUCUCAAACAGUUGGACGUCGCCACCGUGUUCACCACUCAUGCGACCCUGCUGGGUCGAUACUUAUGCGCUGGAAGCGUGGAUUUUUACAAUAAUCUAGCCGAUUUCGAUCUCGAUCGAGAAGCUGGAAACCGCGGCAUCUACCACCGGUACUGUAUCGAGCGCGCCGCCACGCAUACAGCGCACAUCUUCACAACAGUUUCCGACAUCACGGCUCUCGAAGCUCAGUUCUUACUCAGAAGGAAGGCCGAAGUCAUAACACCUAAUGGACUUAACGUUAAGAGGUACGAAGCCCACCAUGAUUUCCAGAACAAGCAUGCCAUGGCAAAAGAGAAAAUCCACAAUUUCGUUCGAGGCCACUUCCAUGGACACUAUGACUUCGAUUUAGACAAAACCCUGUAUUUCUUCAUCGCUGGGAGAUACGAAUUCGGGAAUAAGGGCGCUGAUCUUUUCAUCGAAUCGCUAGCGAGGCUCAAUCAUCGCAUGAAAACCUCGGGAUGCGCUAAUACAGUGGUAGCAUUCAUCAUAUUCCCCGCAAAAACCAGCAACUUCAAUGUAGAGUCUCUGAGGGGUCAAGCAAUCUGCAAACAACUGAAGGACACAUGUGAUGAAAUCCAGAAGCGAAUCGGGGAACGGCUCUUCGAGACCGCUCUCAGUGGUCAGUUGCCAGAUGCGAGUAAGCUGCUUACUCCAGAAGAUAUUGUCAUGCUCAAACGAGGAAUUUAUUCGACUCAGAAGUCCUCUCUACCCCCGAUUUGCACUCACAACAUGACCGAAGAUUCAACCGAUCCCGUCCUGUCCGCCUUCAGGAGGUGUCAGCUCUUCAACAACAGACACGAUAAGGUGAAGGUUGUGUUCCACCCCGAGUUCCUUUCGUCGACGUCGCCGCUCCUCCCCAUGGACUAUGAAGAAUUCGUGCGAGGCUGUCACUUGGGCGUCUUCCCGUCGUACUAUGAGCCCUGGGGCUACACGCCGGCAGAGUGCACGCUCAUGGGCAUCCCGAGCGUCACCACCAACCUGUCCGGUUUCGGCUGUUUCAUCCAAGAGUACGUGGUGGACCCGAUGUCGUACGGAAUCUACAUUGUAGAGAGAAAAUUCAAAGGCGUCGAAGAUAGCGUCGAGCAGCUGGCCCAGUUCAUGUUCGAAUUCUGCAAUCUGAGCCGGCGACAGCGGAUUAUACAGAGAAACCGAACGGAACGUCUCAGUGAUCUGCUUGACUGGAAGAACCUCGCACAGUACUAUACGCAAGCUCGACGAGAAGCUCUACGCAAACUUCAUCCCGAGCUCGAUGCCCAGCUCGAGAUGCACAAGAUGCAAAUCAAAUAUCCGAGACCUUAUUCGGAACCUCCGUCUCCGUCAACGUCGCGUAGAGGUAGCGUGUACGAUAGUGACGAAGACGAACCCGGCAGCAACAGGGAGGAAGGAGCUUGAAGCAUUCCGUCAUCUGGAGUCCCACUCGUCUACUCGAAGUUCGACGCUCUGCCCCGUGUCGAGAGUCCGUGGAGAAUGACAGGGAGGUAAUCAGGAUCGACGUCGUGAAUUGGAGAACUUUUAUGGUUUUAGGAUACACGUCGAACUCAUAAUAUACAGGCAUAUGCCAAGAGCCCGUGGACGACAUUGAUUCAUUUGAACGAGAAGAAUGUUCCGAAUUCUCAUCCUUGCUCGAUGAGAUCAGGAACGAGCAGUUCUCUGAAGAAUGCAAGAGAAGCGCUGUUAUCUUGACUAAAAGUUUUUCAAUUU